AUGGAAGAGCCUCCGCAAGAGGCUCUGGCUGAACCCUUGGAACGUGAAAGCCCAGCCGCUCCCUCAAGUGCUGGCCACACUAAUGGCCAGGAAGAAGACGACCAGAAGAACCAGGCCGAAAGGAAGGCAGAUAACCACACUGCUCACAGAAUAGCUGAUCAGACUGCCCUAAGAGUGCCUAGCCAGGCUGAGUCCAACAUAUUUAGCCAAACUACCAAUGGAGUAGCUGAACAAAAUGGGCGUAGUACACCUGGUCAGGCUGGCCACAGAGCAUCCAACCCUGCUAAUGUUUCUGACCUUAGAGCAGAUGAUCAGGUUGACCAAACACCAUCUGAACAGACUGAAGGCAAGGCAUCUAGCCAAGCUAAUAAUGUACAGUAUGAACAGAGUGAUGGUCAGGUGUCUGGCCUGACCGAGGAAAGAACUGUGGAACAGAUUGAAAGAAGAUUACCUAGCCAGGCUGAGAGAGUAACUUCUGGGCAGAUUGAUGGUAGACUGUCUAUGCCAUCUGACCAGAGAGGUUCCAGACAGACUGAUCACAGAAUGUCAGGCCAGUCUGAGAGAAGAGCUUCCGAGCAGAUGGACUGUAGAAUAUCUGACAAGGCUGAGGGAAUAACUUCUGAGCAGAUUACAUACACGUUAUCCAGACUAUCUGAGAAAAGACCUUCUGUGCAGAUUGAUAGUGGGUUAUCCGUACCAUCUGACCGAAGUCCUUCUGUACAGAUUGACAGUGGGUCAUCCGUACCAUCUGACCGAAGUCCUUCUGUACAGAUUGACAAUGGAUCAUCCGUACCAUCUGACCAAAGACCUUCAGUACAGAUUGACCGCAGAAUGUCAGGCAAAGUUAGGAGAACUUCUGUGAAGACUGACUACAGAUUGGCUAGCCUGGCUGACCAAGGAACUUCUGAGCAGAUUGACCUCAGAUCGCAUGGCCUCGUUGACCACAAAACAUCUGUAAAGACUCACCACCAAGUGUAUGGCAAAGCCACUGAACUAGCUGAACACCAGACUAUUGACCAAGCUCAUAGUAAUGCUGAUCAACCUCCAGUUGACAAGGCUGACUACAAUGAAUCUGACCAGAUUGACCACUUAGCAGACAGACAAGCUAAUCACAAAGACCAACUGUCUUACUAUGAAAGACGUGGCCAGUCUGAAGACAGGAUAUUUCCCCAGUUAGGCAACAGCAAGGAGGACAAAGAGGCUGACUACAGAGUACAACCCUGCAAAUUUGAGAACAGCCAAGUAGACCUCAAUUCCAAGCUUUCAGUUGAAAUGGAAACUCAAAAUGCAACCACUAUCCCAGCCUACCACCCAGUUGAUGCCAGAUUCACCAGUAAUUUCCAAGCAAAAGACCAAGCCCUUUUCCCAAGACUCCCCUCCAUCUCAUCCAAAUUGAACCAUAUUAGUAGUCAAGAAAAAACUCAAGCCAUAGUAACCAAAUCUGAUGAAUUUUCAGAAAUUGAGCAAGGAAAGAGUUAUCAUAUACGCAAUCAAACUUGUAGAAGGUUCCCUUCUAUAGUUUAUGAAGAUCCUUAUCAAGUUUCACUCCAAUACAUGGAAAAACACCACAUUCUGCAAAUAUUCCAGCAGAUUACUGAAAACUUAGUCUAUGAAAAGCCAGAGGACCCCCUGAAUUUUAUGCUGUGCCAGGUAUAG